CCUUCUUUUUCCUAAAAAUUUUCCAUCCGAAGGCCCGGAUUUUCCGAUGCUGAUCUCCGGUCGCCGGGGACAAUUCUCCGAUCAUUUUCCCGUAUAAGUAUCUACAUCACAAAUAUUUUAUUCGUUUUUUAAUCAAAUUUAUAUUACGUGCAUGGCUCCUUUAGACGACGAAGAUGAAAGCCUUGCUCGCUUCCUCGAAUCGGAAGUCCUCUCCGAAUUCUCCGAUCAGGAGGAUGAAAAGAGGGAAGAGAAGCUUGAGGAAGAGGAUGAUGAUGGAGUUGUAAAGAGAAUGCUGGUUGUGGAGGAUGACUAUAGUGAUGAGGUAGAAGAGGAGAGUGAUGCGAUAAGAAAGCUAAUUGAGGAGGAUGACAUUAGUGAAGAGGUGGAGAUGAGGAAGGAGGAGGAGGAGAAUGAGGAGGAGGAGGAGAAGCAAGUAAACAAAAUGCUCAUUGAGGAGGGUGGUAUUAGUUGUGAGGAUGACGAAAAGGAGGGAGAAGAAAGAGAAGUAAAGAAAAGGAGAAUAGAGGAAGUUGAUAAUCAUAAUGAGGGACAGUCCAUGAUAUUGUCAUCAUGCCAAUUUUUGUCAGCAAAUGAAUUGGUAGCUGCAUCGUUGCGUUCUAAGAAGAUUGGAACUGCUACAGAUGUCAAUAAUAGUGGAAGUAGUAGUGAGAGCAGACCGGUGCCUUGGAGGGUGGAGACAGGGGAUUUGAGUAAAGUUCCUCCUGAGUUGUUCCGUCACAUUCUUAAGUUUCUCUCCUCCGAGGAUCUUGUUGCAUGUUCUUUGGUGUGUAGAUUCCUCAAUCUUGCUGCUUCUGAUGAGUCCUUGUGGCGCCGCCUGUAUUGGAUGCGGUGGGGUCUUUUGCCACCCAAGAAGUUGCGAGAAUUUGCCUGGAAAAAGCUUUACAUUCAGAGAGAUGAAGAGGACAUGGUAGAGUUAGUUAGGAACUGCCCAUCUGAAUUUAAAGAGUAUUACAUACAAAUGCAGGCAGCGAAAAGAAGCCAAGCACCUCUUCCUUCUCAGGUGCUUGAUGAUCAGAUAAUUAUUGACAAGACUGUCACUGAUCAAGUUUCUACAUGGAAGAGUAGUAGAGGCCUGACUGAUAAGGUGGUUGUAAAUCAUGCUUGCUCUGGGGAAACAUGUACCUAUUAUCAAAUUGGAGAUGUUUUUGUUUGUGAGAAGACUGGAAAUGUACAUGUGUGUGACGAUACUUGCAAAGAAGUUGUUGCUGAUCCUGCAAAUGAGCUUCUUGUUUGUACCAUUUCUGGCCGAUGUUUUGACAGAUUACUCUCUCCAUCUGAAAUGGAACCAGAUGCUGAACUGCAACAAGGUGGUGUGACAGAUGAAGCAGAGCCAUUUUGGGGGUCUGGGCGAUUUGCUCGGGCUUACCAACUGGGAUAUAAUUGUGCUGAUGAGAAGGAACUAGAAGCUACUUUGAGGUUUUGCUGAUUUAUCUAGCUAGAUUUUCUCCAUACUUCAUAUAGCACACAAAUGAUAUGAUUCAUCUUGGAAAAGUUGUUAUAUUUUGUUGAGAUGAUAUAUCAUUAGAUACCAUAAGAGCUGAUCAUGGAGAUUGGAAAUGUAACUUAGCUGUAGGCAAGAAGAUGCUUGCUUCUUUCUCAAGACCUCUCUCAUCUCUCUCUGAAGAAGCCCCUUUCCUGGGGGAUUGGGUUUGUAUCUUCUUACCCAGGGUGUUGGGUUUGUAUCUUUGUGGUUUGUGGCUUGGGUUACCUUUUGACCUUUCCCUGAUGAAUGGAGUAGCCCUUUUUAAUUAUUGUGGAGCAUAGUUAUUUUAUGC